AUGGUAGACCAGGGUGUUCCUACAGACGUGUUAAAAGACGAGUUACAGAAAUCGCCCUCGGAGUUGUUUGAGCUAUUUCAGAAGAUUUUUGCAACGCUAGAUCCCGAUCUUAAGAUGCAGACCUUUCAUCUCAUGCAAUGGGUCAUGUUUUCUCGCAUACCUCUUUACAUCGACGCCUUGCAAGCCGCGAUGGCAUAUAGUUCGUCGGUCGUCCCAGAUUCAUUGGUGAGAUGGGCUUCCUCGCUUGCCGGCCCACAGAGUUUUCUCGCAUCCUCGGCAGAACGGCUUGCAUUUUGGAAGCACUAUGUGACCGAGAGAUCCGGAGGGCUAUUUGAAGUCGUUUCCGCGGAGAGACCAAGGACCAUCUACGAUGACGUGAAUGACAGUUUUGAAGUCGAAGCCGAACCGUUAGCCCAGAAACUUUCAAGUCUUAGACCUGCUUCUCGCAGCUCAGACAAAUUUACUGUACUGGCUCCUAAACCACAGUUUGGAGACAUCAGCAGUCUCAUGCAGAGUGAUGGCUCACCAUUCGCAUCUACAGGAGCCACACCCUCAGACAAUCUUAUAGCCACUACUGGUAAUAACCGGGGCCAUGAUUUGAUUGGGUCGUGGAAGGAAGCGUUGAAGAAGUUGGAACAAGACAACCAUUUUGUACAAGUAAUUCACCAAUCUGUACGUGAUUUCUUACUGGAUUCGCUUGGCUGCGGGCUUCAUGAUGCCGAAUCGAGUGGAACGUUCGUCGAAAUGGGAAACUAUACGCUGUUCCGCGUCUGCGCACGAUUUUUAUCAUCUCCAGAACUAGUUUGUGCCUUUCCCGUUCAUCGUUCUCGCGAAAUGUUUCUUGGUCUUGUACCUCAGAUGGUUCAGGACGGGCGAGCCUGGCUGACGCACAGCUUCACGGAGUAUGCUCGCAAUUGCAUUUGGGAUCAUUUCAGGAGAAGUGGCCCUCAUCUAGGUCAACUACUCCAACAAGAGGAUGACAAAGAUUUGAUAAGGAAAGCAUUCAAGCGUUGGUGGUCCCUCGAAAUAUGCUACAGGCCUCUGGUUGCGUCAAAGGAUCGCAUUACACUCGAUAGACAGGAACACACAAGCCGACGCGCGUGGGUGAAGCAGUCUUUGUUCCUUGCUGACUUAGGUAUCUUGUCCGAAGCCCAAGCUUUGGAGGACAGACACUGCGCAGAAGGAUUACAUGAUGGUCUUCUCAAUCUUCUCUCGCACGGUUGUCGACUUGAACCGCGAGCCGGGGAGUGCACAUUCGUCGCGGCUGCCCAUCACGGUCUCGAUUCGAUCAUCUGGCACCUUCUGCAGCGAGGUAUGCCUGUGGACUGCAUCGACUUGCGGGGUCAUUCGGCAUUGUUGGAAGCCGUCAGGGGUGGGCACCAGUCUACAGUUCUCUUACUUCUCCAAAGCAGCGCAAAGACGGGAAGUUUGGACAUAUGGACUGAAUCUCCGCUCUUCAUUGCUUCAAAAAUGGGAUUUCUGAGAGUUGCAGCUAUCCUGUGCAAAUUUGGCGCAGACGUGAAUUCUCAAAGUUGGUUGCGCGAGACGCCAAUUCACCUGGCUGCGGCAGAAGGACAUGUGCAGCUGCUCAAGUUAUUCGGGCAUUUCGGUGCGCAUCUUGAUGAUGCAGACGUGUUUGCAGAAUCGCCACUCUUUAAAGCGAUCAAAGGCAACCAAACACAGGCUGCAUGUUACUUGAUUGAUCGUGGAGUCGAUAUAGAGCGCCGAAACCGCCUGAAAAAUACUCCUCUGAUUGAGUAUUCCCGGGUCGGCAACCAGGAGAUCGCACAAGUACUCCUCUCUAAAGUGAAGAGCAACGAAGUUGUUCUCCUAUUACUGAAAAAAGGAGCCAGGUUACUGCUCAAAAACGAUGAGAUUUACUUCGGCCUGGCUUCUCACGGUCGUGUUUUCAAGCUGAGCGAGGAAGAGGUCUCAGAUCCUCAACUUUUCGCCGAGCUUGAUCUAGAUUCAUUGACCCUCCAAAUAAAGUCGCCACAGAACAGAACCGGAUUCUCUGAUCUCUGUCAUCAAGAACACGUAAGAGGCAAAUUUGAAUCCGCAAAGAAGUUCAUCCUAGAUGCUCUCAUCGAAGACGUUCGACGUAAAGUCAGGUCUAACCUAAUGCUCUACGCACCUUUCAUCUAUCUUUUGUGGCUCUCCAUUGUUGGAGUGUUCGCGCUUCCGGCGCACAUACAAUCUGAUGAUAAAGACAUCUCCUUUGAGACCUUUGAGUCUCUGGAAGAACUCUCACGAAUAGUCGAUAUCGCCUACUGCGUUGGCACGAGUGGCAUUCAGAAGCCGUUCAAAUGUUUGAGCCGAUGCAGUGAUUUUGAGGGCUUUGAACUGGUUACAACGUGGAAUACUGGACCACGCCUCUCCGAUUCUUGUGGCUAUAUCGCUGUGUCGCAUCCUCCUUUCGCGAAACGGGUUAUCGUCGCUUUUCGAGGAACAUAUUCGAUCGCCAAUACAAUCGCUGACCUCUCCACGAAUCCUGCCGAAUACGCGCCAUUUCCCUCAGACCAUGAUAACGAUUCUUUAUGCGCAAGUGUUUUACCAGAGAACGAUAAACAGGCCUUGUUACCACAAUUAUUGAAACAACAAAAUAAAAGAGAUCUGGCACCUGAAUGCCUCAACUGCACUGUACAUUCGGGGUUCAUGACUUCUUGGCGCAACACCCGUUGUACUAUAGUUCCUCAUGUUGAAAAGGCACUCAACGACUUCCCAGGCUACGAACUUGUCCUAGUGGGACAUUCCCUGGGUGGUGCUGUCGCAGCCCUGGCGGCUCUGGAGUUCCAAGCUCGCGGAUGGACACCCAAAGUCACCACAUUUGGUGAACCUCGAAUUGGCAAUCUGGCUCUCAACAAAUUUAUCGACAGUCGCUUCAACCUCAAUUCAACAAACCCCGAUGAUGCACUCUACCGACGGGUAACUCACGCUGAUGAUCCAGUACCUCUCCUCCCUCUGGAAGAAUGGGGUUACAGAAUGCAUGCUGGUGAAAUUUAUAUUUCAAAGCCCUCUCUUCCUCCAACCCGAGCAGAUAUCCAUCAUUGCAACGGCGAUGAAGAUCCAUCUUGCAUCGCGGAACCAAGCAGCAGCGAUGAGCCAAGUGAGACUCCAGACGAUGAGAACGUUGAAGAAUCAGAGAUGCAGGCGAUGUGGGGAAUCGGCCGGCGUUACAAGCUCUGGGAACUUUUCUUCGCCCACCGAGAUUACUUCUGGAGGCUGGGGUUAUGCCUUCCUGGUGGCGACCCCUGGGACUGGUCUCGAGGCAAAUAUAAUGAAUCCGUGACGAAUGAUGAUUUGUGA